CUGUUACCACACACACAAGUUUUGAAUAAGUCGUAGGAACUUUCAGAGAUUAAAGUAACUAUUAAUUAUUUGUUAAAAAUACUGUGCACCGUUAGUACCUUUAAUAAUUCGUCGAUAUUUACGUGAUUUAUAGUGAUCGAGAUCGAAGAAAAAAAGAAUUUGUAUGAAUCAUCAAUUUUCGUGGAGGAAAAAUUAAAUUUUUUCCUCAUGUCAAACGAUGCAAUGUUGUGUUUACUCUUUUGAAUAGAUCAGUGGAAGGAAAAAAAAACAAAAAAGAAAUAAAGAAAGACAACAACAAACAAAAAGAUGUUUUGCUGUUUGAGAAAUUGUUUUGACGGCAUUGGGUUUACUGCAACCCAAAUUCCAAAAAGAGAACCAAAUCCGAUUACUUUGGAUACAACUCAUAUGGGACACGAAGUAGUUAUAGUCAAAAAUGGUUUAAGAGUUUGCGGACGUGGUGGUGCCUUAACAAAUGCACCUCUUGCUCAAAGCAAGAGUUAUUUCGAAGUUAAAAUACAGCAGGGUGGAAUAUGGGCUAUUGGAUUAGGUACCAAAUCUACUGAUCUUACUACUGCGAUUGGAGGAAAUGACAGCGAAAGUUGGGCUCUUAAUUCAGAUGGCAUUUUAAGGCACAAUCAGCAAGAGUUGCAUAAGAUUCAAAAUCCUGUAGAGGAAGGAGAUAUUGUUGGAGUGUCCUACGAUCAUAUAGAAUUAAAUUUUUACAUAAAUGGAAAAUCUUUGGAAGCUCCAAUCAUUGGUAUCAAAGGAACAAUUUAUCCUGUACUUUAUGUUGACGAUGGAGCUAUAUUAGAUUUAAUUCUGGAUAAUUUUGCUCAUCCACCGCCCAUGGGUUUCGAAAAGAUAAUGCUAGAACAGUCGUUACUCUAGCAAUACACACACACAACAUGAUAUGAAUAAUAUUGAAACGACUAAUUAUCAGACAAUUUUAAACUAUUCCACUCAAACUACACUUUGUCCAUCUUAAGAACAAAUAAAUGUUGCGUUAAUUAUAUAUAAUUCUAUUUGCAGUUAAAUAUUGUAUACAAUAACAUAA